AUGGAGGAAUUCAACACCAUCAUAAGGAACACCACCUACACCCUUGAGAGGCUACCAAAAGGGCGCAAGGCCAUCGGCGCUCGUUGGCUGUUCAAGCUGAAGCGCAAGGCAGACGGCUCAAUUGAUCACUUCAAGGCUCAGUGGGUGGCAAAGGGGUACUUGCAACUGCCAGGGGUGGACUUCAAUGAAACAUUCGCGCCCAUAAUCCAACUCAAGAACCUUCAACUGCUACUGGCCAUCGCAGCUGCACUCAACCUCGAGGUACACCAGAUGGAUGUGGACAACGCCUUCCUCAACGCCGACCUCAGUGAGGAGAUCUACAUGCAGCAACCUGAGGGCUUCGAAGACCAGGACCACCCUGACUACGUCUGCAGGCUUCAGAAGAGCCUGUACGGCCUAAAACAAGCGCCACUCGAGUGGAAUCAAACAAUCAAUGCCUACCUGAAGAAACACGGUUUCUGGCCGACCCGACUCGACCCCUGCAUCUACGUCCGAGUGCACGACAACAAGACCUCCUUCGUUGCCAUCUACAUCGAUGACUGCAUGAUCAUCUCGCCUAACGACCAGAUCGAGGACAUCAAGGCUCUCCUGCACCAGGGUUUCCAAAUGAAAGACCUUGGAGAAGCCAAGUCGGUCCUGGGACUGGAGGUGCUACGAGAUCAAGGCUUGGGCGCCAUCUACCUACGACAGGCGGGGAAGAUCCACGAGCUCGUGACUUCGGCCUCGUGA